AUGUUUCGUUCUGCAUUGACAGGGCUCAAACGAUAUCCGUUCCCCGCUUCGAUCCGAUACUAUAGUAGAACCGCCAGGAUGUCGUUGAAGGCUAUUUCUUCUAAAGAUGCCGCAUCCCUAGACAAAGAUCUGAUGGAAAUCGGAGGAUGGUCUUUGGACCAACUGAUGGAGCUUGCUGGAUUGUCUGUUUCGCAAGCAGGAGGAGACGGUCUAGUCGCUGCUCGCCACCUCGCUCAAUACGGUUACAAGCCAUCCGUUUAUUAUCCGAAAGAGGGCAAGAACGAACUUUACCAGCGCCUCAAAACCCAACUCGACAACCUCUCCGUGCCAUUCAUUACCGAUUUUCCAAUAGCAAUCAAAUCUGCUGAUCUCUUAGUUGAUGCAAUCUUCGGUUUUUCUUUCGGUGGUCCCCUGCGUGACCCUUUCCCAACCAUCAUUUCUCAGAUCGAGGCGGCUUCGGUGCCUGUACUGAGCGUCGAUGCGCCCAGCUCUUGGGAUAUAGAGGGCGGCCCACCGAAGGAAGGCCCUGGGUCUAAGUUUAUGCCAGAGUAUCUGAUUAGUUUAACAGCGCCAAAACCCUGUGUGAAGUAUUACCAGGGGAGGCAUUUCCUCGGUGGUCGGUUUUUGACGAAGAGUAUCGCGGAGAAGUACGGGCUGGACCUUCCCAAUUACCCAGACAUUGAUCAAAUCGUGGAGGUUAGGGUUGAUGCCGAAGGAAGGCUUUGA